UGAUUAUUAGUUUCAAACUUUCAAUUUUUCAACCUACAUUAUCAAUUUAUCACCCAACAAAAUAUUCCUUCGUCAAUUGAAAGCUAAAACCCCCUCAUCCCCUGAAAACUCUGCAAAGCGCGACUAAAAGCACACAAAACUCUGCUUUCUUCCUCUUCUUCUCUUUCAACCUCUUCAUUCUUCUUGUAAAGUUAUGGGAAAGGACGCAAAGAAAAAGGAGCCUGCGGGUAAAGGUAAGGGAAAACAAGCAGCUGGUGGCAGCGAUGAGGGUGCUUCAAAGGAUAAGGGUGGUUCAAAAGGUGGUAAGGGAGACAAGCUUGGAACUUGCAAUUUUGUCAAAGCUAGGCAUAUAUUAUGUGAGAAGCAAGGGAAAAUUAAUGAAGUAUACCAAAAACUUCAAGAAGGUUGGCUUGACACUGGGGAUAAGGUUCCACCAGCUGAGUUUGGAAAGUUAGCUACUCAAUACUCGGAAUGUCCUUCUGCCAAACGGGGCGGGGACCUUGGAUGGUUCCCACGAGGGAAGAUGGCUGGCCCAUUUCAGGAGGUUGCUUUCAGCACUGCUAUAGGAGCAACCAGUCCACCUUUCAAAUCUACGCAUGGUUACCACAUUGUAUUGUGUGAAGGUCGAAGGGGCUAAUGGAACUUGCCAGCAUCGUGUUUUCAUCUAAAAUGAUGAUUGUGCUGCUGGAAAUAACUAUCUUUUGAUAUAACUAUCCAACAGAUGCCUUAUGGUACCCUAUGGUAGACCAUGGAAGUUUAAACUGGAUAUUUGCUUGAACAAGUUGUGAUAUAUAUCAUACAUAUUGGCUAUUGGCUUGUGACAUGAUUUCUCGCUAUUCUUCAUGUGGUUACAGAUUCUGAUUUUCCGUUUUAUGUUCACUGGUUUGUAAUCAAUAAGGAUUAAUAUUGGACCAAAGAUUGAUUUAUAAGGGAGGGCGUGUUUAAGAUCA